CGAACACCAUGCCUUCAAUAAAGUUGCAGAGUUCUGAUGGAGAGAUUUUUGAAGUUGAUGUAGAAAUUGCCAAACAGUCUGUGACUAUCAAGACCAUGUUGGAACAUUUGGGGAUGGAUGAUGAAGGAGAUGAUGACCCAGUUCCUCUACCAAAUGUUAAUGCAGCAAUAUUAAAACAGGUCAUUCAGUGGUGCACCCACCAUAAGGACGACCCUCCUCCUCCUGAAGACGAUGAGAACAAAGAAAAGCAAAUGGAUGAUAUCCCUGUUUGGGACCAGGAAUUCCUGAAUGUUGACCAAGGAACACUUUUUGAGCUUAUUCUGGCUGCAAACUACUUAGACAUCACAGGUUUACUGGAUGUUACGUGCAAGACUGUUGCCAAUAUGAUCAAGGGGAAGACCCCUGAGGAGAUUCUCAAGACCUUCAUUAAGAAUGACUUUACUGAAGAAGCAGCAGCCCAGGUACGCAAAGAGAGCCAGUGGUGUGAAGAGAAGUGA